ACGCAUAAAAUAGCAAUUUGUUAAUUUCAUAAUAAUAAAAAACUCAUUUUUUAAAUAUAUGUAAAUUUGAUAAUAUAAAAGCAUUUAUCUAAUAAACAAUUUGUAAAUUUUAAUAAAAGAACAAUUUGUAAAUUUUAAUAAAAGAAGUUCCGUCGAUAUUGCAAAAUCAAUUUAAAAAAAUACCCGCCGGAGAAAGUUUACAAUUUAAUUUAAUGAAAAAUAGUUAAUACGAAAUACCCAUAAUCGUUUUUUAAUAUUAGUGAAAAUGUCAUUGACAAAGGUUUACGACGCGCCAACAGUUUUCAGAUAUUUGAACGGUAUUAUGAAUAUUUACAAACCUGCCGGAAUGAAAGUUAGUCAUGUAAAAAACGCAGUUCUUCACAACAUAGUCCAAGAUUUGAAUGAUAUGCAGGUACGAGAACCUCGAAGACUGGAAACACCGCUUUUAGAACCAGGAGGUGAUGCAAAUCCUUUGUUGCGUAAAAUUCAUUCGAUUGAUUUAGCCGACCAUGUGUUAGCAACAGGGCCAAGAUACCAAAUAUCAGACAUACGUUGUGCACUAGUCGCCGGAUUGGGUAUACACACGAGCGGUGUGCUAUUGUUCGGAUUGAAUAAGGGCAUACGCCAGUCGCAGCUCAUUCAACGAAAUCGUCCGCUGCGUGCUUUUCAUAUAACUGGUCGAAUGGGUGUCGCAACUGAAACACAUUUUGCUGAUUCACGCAUAACGGUUAAGUCCGAUCAUCGGCACGUGCAUCCAGAACGUAUAAGUGCUUUAGCAGCAUCGUUACAAGCAUCUCACCAACGUAAAAUGUACGAACUCUGUGGUGUAGAUUUACAAUCACAAGCAGCCUAUGAGAUUGCUUGCAAAGGAUUAAUCCGUCCAGCGGAUAAUUCACAGCCAAUUAUAUAUGGUAUCAAAUUAAUAGAUUUUAAGCGUCCGGAAUUUACAGUGGAGGUGCAUGCGAUCAAUGAAAGUGAGGAGUAUCUGGCCUCUCUGGUGAAUGAGAUGGGCAUUGAAUUGCGUACGGUCGCGCACUGCACGUCCAUACGCUGCAUACGGCAUGGGCACUUCGAUGUAGAAAAUGCGCUGCUCCGACAUGGUUGGAGCUUACGAGGUGUAAUGAAAAAUAUGAGAGAACAACGGAAAGUUUUGCAGCAGCAUCCACAUCUCUUAAAACAAAAUAAAAUAGAACUCAGAAGCGAUUAGAAAAAAUAAGUUUGUUUAUUGUUUAGUAUUGAAAUGUUAACUUAUUUAAUAUAAAAAUAUAAUGAUAAGUUGUAUAAAUAUAUAUAAA